AUCCUUAAUUUGAUAGCUGGUGGUUUGGAAGUAUAGAUUUUCCGAAUCCAGCCCAAAUGUGUGAACUUCCCAGAAAUACCCCAGGGGGAGACCUGGUAGGUGGCGGUUGUGUAGUUAAAACACCUUGGUUGGCUUGCCCAGAGCAGACAGCAAACCUAGUAAGGGAUUAAUCUGUCUGAGAGGGAUAGAAGUCUUUCAGCAGGCAUGUCUUAAUUCUGGAGUGAGGCAACUGGUGUGUUUGUUUGCAAAGGACUGUGCAGGUCCCUUCAAAUCGAGGCAUGCAGCAGGCUGUCUGAACUGAGAGCGCCUCCUUAGGAAAACUGGAAGGAGACUGGAAUGCCACUAACUUGUCCCUUGCAUCCUUUGUUUCCUCUCUCCAUAGGAAUGCAUCCUCUCUGGGAUCAUGUCAGUGAAUGGAAAGAAAGUCCUUCACAUGGAUCGUAACUCUUACUAUGGAGGGGAAAGCGCAUCCAUUACGCCCCUGGAGGAUCUCUACAAAAGGUUUAAUCUACCAGGAACUCCACCAGAAUCUAUGGGGCGAGGAAGAGACUGGAACGUGGACCUAAUUCCAAAAUUCCUUAUGGCUAACGGUCAGUUGGUAAAGAUGCUGCUCUACACAGAAGUCACUCGCUACUUAGACUUCAAGGUGAUCGAGGGAAGCUUCGUCUACAAGGGAGGAAAGAUCUACAAAGUUCCUUCCACUGAGGCAGAAGCCUUGGCAUCCAGCUUAAUGGGCUUGUUUGAGAAACGCCGGUUCAGGAAAUUCCUAGUGUACGUCGCCAACUUUGAUGAGAACGACCCCCGAACUUUCGAAGGCGUUGAUCCCAAGAAGACCACCAUGCGUGACGUGUAUAAGAAGUUUGACCUGGGGCAAGAUGUUAUAGACUUCACGGGCCAUGCCCUCGCGCUCUACAGGACUGACGACUAUCUAGAUCAACCCUGCCAAGAAACAAUCAACAGGAUUAAGCUCUACAGUGAGUCGCUGGCUAGAUACGGUAAAAGCCCGUACCUGUAUCCCCUCUAUGGCCUUGGAGAGCUGCCCCAGGGAUUCGCAAGGCUAAGUGCUAUAUAUGGAGGCACCUACAUGCUGAACAAGCCCAUCGAAGAGAUCGUGAUAGAAAAUGGCAAAGUGGUUGGUGUGAAGUCUGAAGGGGAGGUCGCUCGCUGCAAACAGCUCAUCUGCGACCCCAGCUACGUCUCGGACCGCGUAACGAAGGUCGGCCAAGUGAUUCGGGUAAUCUGCAUCCUGAGCCACCCCAUCAAGAAUACAAACGAUGCCAACUCGUGCCAGAUCAUCAUUCCACAGAAUCAGGUCAACCGAAAAUCAGAUAUCUACGUCUGCAUGAUCUCCUCCGCUCACAACGUGGCGGCGCAGGGGAAGUACAUCGCCAUUGCCAGCACUCCCGUGGAAACCGCCGACCCGGAGAAGGAAAUCAAGCCGGCCUUGGACCUCUUGGAGCCCAUUGAGCAGAAGUUCGUUAGCAUCAGUGACCUGUUCGCACCGACCGACUUGGGAACCGAAAGCCAGAUCUUCAUUUCUCGCACCUAUGACGCCACCACUCACUUUGAGACGACGUGCGAUGACAUCAAAGAUAUUUAUAAGAGGAUGAUGGGAUCAGAGUUUGACUUCGAAGAGAUGAAACGCAAGAAAAAUGAUAUCUAUGGGGAGGAGGAGCAGCAGUAAUGAGAAUCCCUAAUUAGGAGAAAUUUAAAUCGGCUAAUAUGAAUAUAUAAGGAACUUAAUGAACACUGUAUGAAAUUCAAUAUUGUAAGGCCUGCUUUUGUAAUCCCAUCUCUGAGAGACUGAAGAGUACUGCACUGGUAAUGUUCCCCUUUUGGAUAUCAUGUGUUAAUUAUUUCAUUCUAGUAGGGCUGCUGUCCAGAAUCUGGCAAAUUACUGACUGAUUUAAUGACUAACCUCGUAAGCGAGAGGCAGACUGGAAAAAACAAACAAACAAAAAAAAAACCCCACCUAUGUGCUU